UUCUAGCUAAUCACAAUAGCUUCAACCUUUAUUCACAUGGCUUCAUCAGUAGUCACUAUUUCGUCAUCAAAGCCCCAAGAGCUUCAAGCAUCUCAUAUUUCAAGCGUUAAAGCUUUCAUUGAAUCAAACAACGCCAUUUCAAUCCCUUCCACCUACUACUCUAUCACUGAGCUUCGUAAAGAUGUUGUAGAAGACGACCUUGCUGCUUCCAUCCCUGUUAUUGACUUCGCUCUCCUCACCUCCGACGACCCUCACGUCCACGCUAACACUGUUCAAGAUCUCGGCAGUGUCUGCAAAGAAUCGGGCUUCUUCAUGAUCAUAAAUCAUGGGAUCGAAGAAGAAGCUGAUGAAGGAUCUACUGAACAUGUCCAUGGAGUUUCACAACUUGUCUUUUGA